AUGCUAUUUAUUUGGCGGCCACAGAGACAGGAGACCUUUACAGUUGGCUACGAUGUCCUGAGAAACACAUCCACUCAAUUUCUGCCUGCUGAGACGCCUGUGUCUACCCACCAAUACCUGCUGAUUUACACGCGGUCCGUGCUGGCAGAGCAAACUACCCCGGUUGGGUUACCUUUGUCAGAUGCCUUUGCAGCGGUCUCCAACGUGACAAUGCCUGACUUCGACCUAGACUUCAAUGACUUAGGAGGCUUAUUGUCGUGGUCACCUGCCUCAGACGAAGACUUGGUGGAAGACUAUUUGGUUUACUUCGGAGCCCCUGCGGUCUUGAUAAACGGACACUGGAUGUGCGCGUCCAUGGAGGAUGGCACCAACGACACCAGCGACGUGAACGGCACGGGGUGGUGUCCAACGCUUUACUUUGGAAGAGUUCCAGUUGGAACCGAAAACAUUACUGUGCCUGUGGACACACACUUGGCAGAUUCACAUUUCUUGGUCUACACAAGGUCAACACUUGUGGAACAGACUACGCCGGUCGCCCUGCUCAUCGACGAUGUUGGUGCAAAUGUGCGCAACAUCAGCUUCGUUGGAAAGGACCUGGACAUGCACGACCUUGGUGGCGUUUUGAGCUGGGAACCUCCCGAGACUUUGCGACGGGUCACCAGUUACUACGUCUAUUUGGCUGAGGAUGCAGCGGGAAGUGCACGGUCACAGAUCCAGCCGAUGCUAAUGGCAGGUGACAAUGACAUCGACGUGCCAGCGGAGACGCCACGAUUGAACUUCACCCACUUUGUGGUGUAUACAGCCUCGAUCCUGGCGGAGCAAACCACCCCGUCUUUUCGAGCGAUCCAAGAUGAAGCCUCCCGAGCAGCCAAUGUCAGUUUCAUUGAUGAGGACCUGGAUGAGUUCGAAGUGGGUGGCCCACUCACAUGGUUGGAGCCAGAAGACUUCAGUGAAGUCACCGCUUACAAUGUAUACCUUGCAGAGAGCAGAGAUGGUGAAAAUCGAUCCUUGCUUGGGAACGUUUCAGUUGGUACCAACAGAUUCGAUGUGCCGGCUGAUACCCAAUUGGCGAGCUUUACUCACUUGGUGGUCUUUGCAGAGUCCAGUCUCGUCGAGCAAACCACACCGGCCGCAGUCUUCACGGAGUCGGUCCUUGCGGAGCAAAGCACCCCGGUGGCAACCCCCCUCAGCGAUUCCUUCGGCCUGGUCUCCAAUAUAAGCUUUCCUGACUUCGAUUUGGAUGAGACUGACUUGGGAGGAACAUUGACAUGGGCACCACCGCUGGAUGAAAGCCAAGUGGAGCAAUAUAUGAUCUACUUGGCGAUGUUCACGCAGAAUGCAUCUGAAUGCCCAGACACUGCAGAUAGCACCAGCUUUGUUGCCCUCGUCACAGGCUCCAUGACCCUGACCUUGGCUGGUGCAAGUCCAUCUCAGUUGGAAAGUGCCAUGAAGGCAUCUUUGGCUGCUUUCCUCUCGGUCCCCAUCAGCUGGAUAUCAGUGUCUGUGAACCCCGCGGCACGCCGCCUCAACAGGCGAGAUCGCCGCCUUUCGACCAGUUGGACAGUGCAAUAUCAAGUGGUGGUGCCAGCGGGCAGUGAGGCCUCCGUGGUGGCCAGUGCCAACUCCUUGGGCAGCUCGAACAGCUUUGAGGCCUCCUUGGCAGCGGAACUGGUGGCUGAAGGCAUCAGCAGUUCUGACGUCGCUGGCUUGACAGUAGUGAGCUUUUCGACAGUAUCGGUGUCCUUUGUCUUCCCAGAGUCCGUGACACCGCUGUUUUCAGCGAACCAGACUGAGAAUGCCACAAGCAUCUUCGAGGUCAUAACCACAAGCUCUACCAGGACCACAACCACGAGCAUCACAACCACCAGACGUUCCAAUGCCAGUGAGGAUAGUCACGAUGUGACUCGGCAAAUGAGAUGCCCUUUGUUCCUAGUAGCUUUUGCUACGAGGAGUAAUGCCAGGAGCUACUAG